UCGUUGAAAUUGGAUGCAAAAUAUUUUCGCUGCGUUCAAAUAACUAAACAUCGGUUUGUUUAAUGAUUAAACAUAUUCUCGCAUAAAACAGUUCGAGGUAUAGAUGAAAAUAGUGAGUUCAACUAAUAUUAGACUCGGCUGGUCCAGUGCAUAUAAACGGAUCGCAUAAACUGUUUGCUAGCAUUCGUGAUACAUAUCUUCGCUGGAGAACAACUAUAUCUCAACAAUUAGUUUUUUCGUAUUUGUGAGUGAAAUAUUUACCACUGAUUGUUGAUAAACAAUACGACUUUGUUUAUGAUAAAAGGAAAAUAAAUUUUUACCAAAUGUGUGAAACACUAGUGCUUGGCGAAAACAUUUACGGAAUCGAUUUCGAACUGUAGUUAAAGUGGCAAAGCUUAGUGUUAUGAAUGGCAAAUUACAAAAUAGUUCCGUGGAGAAAAACUGCAAACGAGAAUAAACCGGAAUAAUUCAGAUAAACACAAUGAGUGCUACCGGAACGGAAAACAUGGAGGGCUCCGAGUGCAUCCAUAAUACCAAGAUUUCUGACUCCGGAUACUCGAACAGCUGUAGCAACAGUAAAUCGCAACGGAGUGGUAGUUCGAAGACUCAUCACAGCGGCAGUAGCGGUGCCGGCAGCAGUGGCUGCAGCGGCACGGGAAACACUCAACCAGACACACCCGCCGCUUCAUUGCACCAUGCAAAGGACAAAGAUCGCAAAACGAAAGAAAAGGAACAGAAAACGCUGAUCGAUUCUAGUCCGGUUGGAGUUCUCGUCGACGAGACACGCUGUAAAGCAAAACCAUGUCCAUCGACUGCAAUGACUGUAUGCUUGGAAACGGAAGCGUCCGGCCACCAUUUGGAUGAACCCAAAGAUCGUCUGCCCAUAGAAAGAACUGAUGACGUUUUAAAAGAAGAAACCCAGACAUCUCAAGAUUCCAUUCGUCGUACAGACACCAAGCAAUCACCCUAUUGCCUGCCUGGACCGUCACCAGCAGCUUGCACCGCAGUUCUACAGGACGAUGGCUAUCAUAACUUGGAUUGUGAAGAGCUACCAGCUGCCAUUCAGGUGCAAUCUCCGGAUGCCAUUACACCAUCGGUAGCGGCUAGACCACCAAACACCGAGGACGGAUUCCGCUGCAUCAUUUCAAUGCACGACGGUGUGGUACUGUUCACAACACCUAGCAUUACGCACAGUCUCGGGUUUCCGAAAAACAUGUGGAUCGGUCGAUCCUUUAUCGAUUUCGUUCAUCCCAAAGAUCGAGCCACCUUCGCCAGUCAGAUAACGUCUAAAAUGGCCGUUCCUCUGGGUGCACUCGAGGACGACUCCAGACAGAAAUGCCAGCUCAACUCACUCUACGUAAUGCUGAGAAAAUAUAGAGGACUCAAAAGUGCAGGCUUUGCGGUCACGGGUACUGCUGUAAACUAUGAACCCUAUCGGUUAGUGUUGACUUUCCGCGAGGCCCUAGAGGAAACGAGUGACAUCGCUCAAAGAACCGGGCGUAACAUUUUGCUGAUUAUAUCGGCAACUCCGGUCAAGAGUGUCUACAAAAUGCCAAACGAAAAGUUGAAGGACAAAGAGCUUAAAUUUAGUACCAUACACAAACCAUGCGGUAGACUAAAUUACGUCGACGGAAGCUCAGUAGAGCUACUUGGUUAUCUACCUCAAGAUAUUAUAGAACGAUCGAUAAUGGAACUGUAUCAUCCGGAAGAUAUGCCGAUUCUGAAGCAAGCCUACGAAAAGGUGAUGCUCAACGGUCAAACAGUCGGAGCAACGUUUGCUAGUCCCCCAUAUCGAUUCCUGGCCCAAAACGAUUGCUACAUUAUCCUCCAAACAGAAUGGACGAGUUUCGUCAACCCGUGGUCCCGUAUGCUCGAGUUAAUUAUUGGAAACCACCGGGUACUGGAGGGACCAUUUAAUCCAGAUGUAUUCGCGCCAAGUGAAGGCGAUGUAAAUCGCGAAAACUUUUCAAAUGAACAAAUGAAGGAUCGCGAAUCGAUAGCGGAUGAUAUUCUCCAGCUCUUGAAGGAACCGAUUGCAAAGCCUCCGGAUAAGGUAAGCCAGGAGGUAAUAAAGCGAUGUCAGCUUUUGGCAUCGUUAAUGGAUGAAAUACCAGCCGAGGUCACGAAACCCGAACUGACCCUGAAUCUCUUGAAAGUAAAUUCUGAGCUAACAUUUUCAGAGCAAGAUUCCGUUAUGCUUGGAGAGAUUUCACCUCACCAUGAUUAUUUUGAUAGCAAAAGUUCAUCUGAAACACCGCCAAGCUACCAUCAGCUCAAUUACAACGAUAAUUUGUACCGCUUUUUCAACAGUCAUCCUAUUAUGAACAUUGAAGAAUCUCUUAAAAUUGACUCAUCCGGUGGGGCUAACACAGAAACGAUAGAUGGCCAAACCAAUGUCAGCCCCAAUCGACAGUUUAGCGGCAGCGGAGAGGGAAGUAACGAUAGUUCCGAGAGAAAUGGAAGAAUGCCCGAAACCACGCCUCCUUCGAGCAAUGGGCAAGAUUUUUCGAGCAGCUUCCAACCUCCGGCGUUGACUGAAGAAAUGCUCUGCCUUCAUGAUGAGGACAUGCAAAAGGCUAUGUUGAAGAGGCAUCGUGAAGCCCGGACUCUGGCUAGAAGUUCAGAAAAAAAGAAAGGACCUCCGGAUAAAGCACAAUCUAGUUUCGUUUCCCACGGGCUAAAGCGAGGCCUUUCAAAUUCGUGGGAAGGAGAUAAUCACAAAACUUUCAAACACCAGCAUAACCCAAAUCCAACUGCCAACGGUCAGGAUCAAUCAUUAUAUAUAAGUGCACCGCCAAACCCUACACCACUGCAAACUGCCCCCGUUGCAGGCCCCAGUGCAACAAAAGUACCAACCACAGGCACCAUCGUUGCUCCACAGCCAACUACUCUUACGUACAGCGUACCACGAAACGGGGACCAAUGGCAACCGUUUUCGGUUAGUUUGACGACGAUACAGACAUCACAUAGAAACACAACCGCCAGUUUCGUUCCUUCGCAGAACAUGCUACCAACUCUGUACUACAUUCCGACAGUGCCACAAUCAAUUACGCCAAACCCCGGUGGGAUACUGCCUCGAAUAAACACUAUUUCUAUUCCGUACAUACCCGACAUGACGUAUCCUCAGCCUAUGCAGCUUUACCAGCCUUCGCUGUACUACUCGCCAAUGAUGUACCAAGCGAUGCCAUUCCAGCCAAUAACACUUCCAAGCGGACUGACGAAUAGUUCUCGAAACCAGCAACAACCUCAAAACCAGCCACCUCAACCUCAACCAACAGCGCAACCUCCAACCAACUCCAAAUGUUGCCAACUUAACCGUCCAACCGACGCAACCGGAACGGCUACGGUGGCCAACGGUGGCAAGCAGAACGAUCGGGUAAACAAUAAGCAAUGUAGUUUAUAUCGCACAGCGGUGGACCAAUUUACAACAGUUUCAAAGGGUUCCAAGAAGGUAUUUGGCAGUUUUACUGACAUUUCCCACACGGGCGAAAACUUCCAUCGGACGGCGGAUGAGGAAAAGCUACAAAACGCCGUUAUCGAUGACACCCGGAAGGUACCGGUAACACAUCGCCAAGCGAGUGAAGAUGCGGAUGAAUCGACCUUCUCCAGUCUAGCCUCUAGUUUCCUUAGAACGGAGAAUACGUCGGAGAGCAAUUGCGUUGGCAGGAAAGGAUCAAGCGAGAUGAUAUGGGAGAGCGCGCAAAAUUCGCGUAGACCGGAACCACCCUGGAUGGAGAAUGUGAGCCAAACGACGAAUUGGGCCUAUCGGUACCAGAUUUCGGAUCGUGUGGCAAAGGAUGUACUCGCUGCCGAUCUGGUCAAGCUGAAGGGUCUCAAACAGCCUAAGCUAGUAAACGAUCAACUCGGACAACUGUACCUGGAUCUGGAGCUGCAAGGACUGUCGGUCAAACUAUCACUAAGUGAGGCCAGCCAAUCUCAUUCUACCAGUAGCAGUGACGACUGCGAUACAGUCGAUCCGAAAAAGAUCGCCAAAAGAAACAUGCAAUAUAACAAGUUGCAGUUUAUCUACGAAGAGAAUGCCCCGUUUCCACCUUCUACGAUUGGAGCUUGAACUGUGCAUAUGUCUAGAUGGAUGAUUUUGAUGUGAUAGAUUUUAAAGCGCAUUUUAUAUAUUUAUUAUACUAACCAUAACCGGUUCAACUAGAAAUGCUACAGCUUCUCAUUCAGUUAUAUGAAAUGAUUAAAGAAUUUUUUGACCUGGCUGACAGAUUUGUAUGUGGAAAGAUAUGAAUGCAUAGUUGGGUGGAUAACUGUCCACACUAGAAUUAUUUCGGAGGAAUGUUUUAUAAAUUAAGAGAGUAUAUAAUAAAGUCAGAGGAAUUUACAAUUCUAUUUAUGAAAAUGACUAUUCGCAGCAUCAAACGAAUGAUGAACAUUUUAGCAUUCUAUGGUAAUAAACAACAAAUUGAAUAGAACAAUAUGAUUGACAACGAAGUACAACGACGGAAUACUUGUCUCAUAAGAUAACAUUUAAUAAUUUCUAUGAAGAAAAAUGCGAACGUAAUGUAUUUUACAUCGAAAUACUAAUCAACAUAGGAAAUACAUAGUCUCAAUGUAACCGAAUAUAAUAUAAAUUAACACAAAUAUAUAAGCUUCAAUGUAGCAAGGCUCAUUAAUAAGAUCAUAAAGCACAAACUGUAUCUUUAUGAUUUCAAGAAGCAUACCUCUAGCGUUUUGAGAAUUUUCGAUGUAUCAGCAAUUUUAAUGUUAACCAUCAAAUACAUCCUCUGUCUGUUCUGAUUUUCGUAUGCUAUACAGCACCGGUUUAAUGCGAGAAAAUUUAUUAGAAGAAAUAAUUUUAGACUCAAAAAUGUUUGCCAGAUUGAGUGGUUCAAAUAUUCGUACAAAUAUAAACUCAAUCUCAACUAUAA